GCUCCUUUUAUACCUGACUGAGUGAAGGGCGGAAAGUAAGAGCACAGAAAUGCCCUGCUCUUGGAGAACUUCUGACCUACAGCUACUACUGAUGUUGACUGUCUUCUUAGUGGCUGAGAACAUAAAUGCAGGAGAGGAAGGUCAUGUUACAUCAAGCACCUCACUACAGCAAAAGGACAAGAACAAUUGCAGUUCGGCUUUAUCUGUGGACAGAAAGCAGAACCAUUCACAUCCUCCUACAGAAGCUUUAUCUGUGGACAGAAAGCAGAACCAUUCACAACCUCCUGUGGAAGUUAAUACUUCCCUGCCUGUAUUGGUGGAUAAAAAGGCUGUGCUCUCUUGCUCUACUGUCCCAUUGAAAAAUGUGCUUUUAACAACAUGGGAAAUAAUCCUCGGAGACAAGCCUCCCUGCAUCAGAGCCCACAGGAGAGAUAAACAUGAGGCCACAAAAACAAACUGUACUGACAGGAGAAUGACCUGGUUCUACAGAAAUGAACAGAAUAUCCUUCAGAUUGAUCCAGUGGUCAUCACUGAUGAUGGCUAUUACAGGUGUCAAGCGGUAACACCCGAUGGGAAUUUCCAUUAUGGAUAUCAGCUCCGAGUGUUAGUGGCCCCUGAGGUGACCCUGUCUCCAAGCAAGAAUAGGACUGCACUGUGCAAGGCAGCUGCAGGGAAGCCGGCUGCCCAGAUCUCCUGGACCCCAGAGGGAGACUGUGUCCUUGAGCAUGAAUAUUGGGGCAAUGGCACAGUGACUGUCCAGAGUAGAUGCCACUGGGCAGAGAGCAAUGUGUCUAUUGUGUCCUGCUCUGUCUCCCAUGAGACUGGCAACCGGACUCAGUCCAUAGAGCUGAAUCAAGGUGUGAGAACCACGGUAUUUCCAGUGUCAUAUUUAUUGAUCAUGCUCUAUGUGAAAUCCUCUGUUUUCUUGGUUAUCCUGGUCAUGGUGGGAAUCAUCUGCUUUCAGAGGAUGAAUGGUUGCAGGUAG